AUGAUUCAAAUACAAACGAAGUAUAUAAUCAUACUAUCAAUUCUUCUAAGAAUUGGGUUUUUCUUAUUUGGAUUAUAUCAAGAUAAAUAUAUGUCAGUUCCUUAUACUGAUAUUGAUUAUCUUGUAUUCACCGAUGCAGCUAGAUUCGUUGAUAAUGGACUAUCCCCAUACUUAAGAGAAACAUAUAGAUAUACUCCAUUAUUGUCAUGGAUGUUAAUACCUACCAAUUGGGAACCAAAGGAAGUUUGGUAUCAUUUUGGAAAAGUUAUAUUUAUGAUUAGUGAUAUUAUUACUGGAUUGAUAAUUAUGAAAUUAUUGAAAUGGUCUGAGAGAAGGAGUAGUAGUAACAAUAAUAAUAAAGUGAUGACAUUGUCUUGUAUUUGGUUGUUGAAUCCUAUGGUUAUUACUAUAAGUACAAGAGGCUCAUCUGAAAGUGUACUUACUGUAAUGAUUAUGUUAUCAUUAUAUUUCUUGUUGAUCACGGAGAAUUUGGUUAUUUCAAGUAUUUGGUUAGGAUUGUCUAUUCAUUUUAAGAUAUAUCCAAUUAUAUAUCUACCAAGCAUAUUGUAUUACUUAUCCAGUAAAGGGAAACCAAUUGUUAACUUACCAUUAUUGAAUUUAUUAAAUGUUAAGAAUAUCAAAUAUUUGACUAUUACACUUUUAGCAAUAGCAGGAUUGAAUUAUAUUAUGUAUUGGAAAUAUGGAUAUGAAUUCUUAGAACAUUCAUAUUUAUACCACUUAACCAGAAUAGACCAUAGACAUAAUUUUUCAGUUUACAACAUUGCAUUAUACUACAAGUCUGCUAUCACUAGUACUACCACCACCAACAACUUUCAAGAUAUUGAAAAAUUUGCAUUCAUUCCACAAUUAUUAAUCUCAGCAAUAAUAUUACCAUUAACAUUUGCAAAACAAGAUUUAAUCUCAAGCUUAUUCUUACAAACAUUUGCAUUUGUGACAUUUAAUAAAGUAAUGACUUCCCAAUAUUUCAUAUGGUUCUUAAUAUUCUUACCUCAUUUCUUAUCAAAAUCAUCAUUAAUUACUUCAAAGAAAUUACUAGGAAUCAUAGCAUUAUUGGUUUGGAUUGGUUCACAAGCGAGUUGGUUAUAUUUCGCAUAUCAAUUGGAAUUCUUGGGCAUUAAUACUUUUGAUCAUGGAUUGUUAUACACUUCAAUUAUAUUCUUCUUAUCCAAUUGCUGGUGUCUAUCAGUAUUCAUCCUUAGUCUUAUAUAG